GUGCCACUUUAUGGUUUCACUCUUCUAUAAAUGCAUAAGCCUGAAGGCAGUGAGUGUAUCAGCUAAGUCAGGUACACACCAAGUAGCUGUCUCAGAGAAUAUGGCCAUGGGAAGAGGCAGUUGCUAUGCAGCCCUGCUACUAUCCUUACUGUUACUUUUAUGUUCACCCAGGCACUCUUUUGCUGCCACUCAUGAUGUUGGAGAAUCACAGGGCUGGGGUUUCUCAUUGUCCUAUGAUAAUUGGGCGAGGAGCAAGAGCUUUGCCGCUGGAGAUACUCUUGUUUUCAAGUACCAAGCUGGUCAGCAUAAUGUGGUGCCAGUGAGUGUGGCAGAUUACAGGAGCUGCAAGGCAUCAGGAAAGGCAGCUGCCACGGGCAAUGACAAGUUCUCUCUCAAGAAAGGGUAUAACUAUUUCAUCUGCAGCCUCCCAGGUCACUGUGAAGCAGGCAUGAAACUCCAAGUGGUUGCCAACUAAAUGCCAAAUCCUAUGUCUAUCGUCAACGAUGACUCAACUACAUAUAGUAACAACUAGCAAUGGCCAACGGUUGCUCAGAGAAACAGUCACUCUGUUUGCUAGCUUAAAUAAUGACUGCAGCUCCUCCAAAUGUCAUGCUUCUAAUUAUUCCUCAAAUGAAAGCUUCAAUAUCUAAA